CUCACGUCGUCGUCGUCGUCGUCGUCGUCGUCGUCGUCGUCGUAGUCGUCGUGGUACGCUUGCCUCCUCCUCCUCCUCUUCGGCUCGGCGACUGCGGGAGGGAGAGCGUCUGCUCAGCGGGUCGCGCCGCCCGUUCCGGCCCACCACUCCGCGGCUGGCUGAGCACGCUGCAGUGCUCAGGCCUCGACGCCCCGAGCUCUCUCCAGCCUCCCGUCCCGCGAGGCGGAGCGGCGUGCGAUCGGCUUGCAGGGUGCAGCGUGUCAGCGGGGCCGACGCCGCGGCACCCCGAGCAGAAAAAGUUCCGGAUCGGAGCACCCCUUGGACUGCCCCCGCCCAUUCCCCCGCCCCCGUCAGGGUCUUGCUCCCUGUUGCCCAUGCGCGCACCCGAGCCGCACAUCAGUCGAUCGCGAUCCGGAGCCCCUAUGAACAAGCUGCGCCGGUCAUGAGUCCGAGCCUCCCUUCAGCACCUCUCCGCUCAGGGCCCUAAGGUCUGAACGUCUGCAAGCAGCAGUGCCUGGAGCUCCUGGAGCACCACGGGAUGGCCUGCGUCGGGCUGGCGUGGGCGGCUGACCCACAGGAGGAGGACGCCUGCCAGCUGGAGGGCGCCCCACGGUGCGUCCUGUACUAUGGGAAGGAGCCAGUGAAGGCGACCACGAGCAUCUACCAGCAGUACGAUUGCUACAUGGCGCCGAUGUUGCCGGCGGCCCCCGCGCCGGCGCUGCUGGGCGCCGCGCCGCCCCCGGCGCCCCGCGGCGGGUCCUGGUGGACAGGCUUCCUGAAGUCCACCAAGGACCUGCCUCCGAUCUCCCGGGCGGCCGCGCUGCUGGGCUGGGCGCUGGUGGUGUGCGCCUGCCUGCUGGGGCUGCUGCGCGGGCACAUGUCCGAGCUCUGCGCGGCGUGCAGAGGCUACGCGCCGGUGUCCCGCCAGAUGCUGGCCGCCGAGGCUGCCGAGGAGGAGAGCGGCGGCGCCGUGGGAGCGGGCUCGCCGACGAGGGCGGGAGGGCCGGGAGGGCCGCGCUGCUGGCCAAGAAGACGGAGGAGCCUGCUGGCCGAGCACGGGAAGACACCGCUGGAGCACCACUUCCGCGUCUCGCUGAUCUGGGAAGCGCAGGGCGUGGACCUGGACCUGUGGCUCACCCUCCCCGACGGCCAGCAGUGCGGGUGCAGCCGGAGGAGAGAUGUCGCCAGUUCGAGCUCGACAUCGACAACAGGGGGUCUGGGGCGGCGGCCAACGUGGAGAACAUCACGGCGCACGCUCCCCUGAGCGACGGCCUCUACACGGUCGAGGUCCACCUCUACGACAGCAGCACGCCGCCCCAGAGCGAGG